AAGCGAAUUAGUUCCUCCAUGCAGACAAAAAUGAUGCUUUUAUCUUGACUGGCCAUGAAGCAAUGGUAGAUCUACCACUGAAAUCACAUGGGUGAGGGCACAGCCUAAAGAAAAAUUAGUGAUCAGUCCUAACUUGCAGCCCAGGGCCAAGCUUUUUCAUAUGUUCUCUUUCCUAUGAGCAAGCAACAAAGUCAGAAAAUUCAGUAAAAUGUUUGUCACCUCCAUAAAAUCAGGGAGCCUUUCCAGUAUUUUGCAAUAUGGUCAGGCUUCUUGAAGAGAUGGUAAAAAUAAAGUUUUAGCACAGGAAGUGUUGACAGGCUAAGAGUUAGACAUUAGGCUGUAAAUAGUGAAAUACUACUAACAAGACAAUGGUAAGAACUGCAAUAACAGGACAACAGCAAUAGGGGAUUACAAGAUCUUCAGCCCUUUCAUAGCUCUCCAUGCAGCUCUCCCCCAAAUUCCUAUGGAAGAUCAAUGGCAGUUGUGAAUAGUCUAAUUAAAAAAAAAAAAAAAAAAAAAAAAACCUCUGGGAGCUACAAACAGAUGGUCAGUGAUUGCCUGAAAAAAACCCCCAUGUUUUAAUUUGAGUUCAUAAUCCCUUCUUGGAAAACACCUAAGCAUCUGUUAUUUUGUUAAUUUGUGAAAGCCUCAGGAGAAGGCACUGAAGUUAAAAAGUCACUAGUGUGUCUUCAGGAUGGUAGGCUGCAAAAAUCUGCAAUGAAACAUUUAAAAAUUAACUUGGUAACUCAAAGUUCAUGGUGAAGCUGCACAAUUUAUUUUCACGAACUAGAUUUGGUCCAACAUUUUUCUAAACUACUUAGACGCGGUAAUUUGGAUUUCAGGGUAGGGAAUGCACCAGACUGUUGAUGGUCUGAAACUAAGUAAUUAAUGUGAAGUAACUGUGUGUUCUGAGCCUGGUGGCAGUAAUAUGAAACCUUACAGACCAUGAGGGACAGAACUUGUUCAGACUUGAUUAUGUGAAUACCUCUGUGUAUGUGUGUCUAAUAGAUUACUUAAAAGAGCUGCUUUCUUGUCUCGGUUUGUUUGCCUCCCUAUCUAAAUUUGUGGUUUAUGAGAUUUCUUGUAGAUAUCAUGAACAGGAUUAUUCUUUAAAAUGUCUGGAAGUAAUUAUAUGUCUUUCUUUGACACUUUGUGUCUUUCUUCUUUGUGCAGAUCAUGGGAGGAGGAGAGCUACCUGGGCUUUUGGUAAAUGAAAUUGGUGGCAUACAUGGGAUACUGCAUGGCCAUGUGGCCCUCCUGAAGAAACAUUUCUACCUCAUCACCAUGAAGGAGUUUCUUGAAAACAGAAAACAUCUGAGUAAAAAGGUCCAGGCUAUCUAUUUGUGGUGGCACAAACCAAUAAUCGACCAAGAGCUCCUCCAGAGCCUGCCAAACUUGAAAGUGAUUGCGAAUUCAGGAGUAGGGAUGGAUCACCUGGACCUGAAACUUGUAGCUAGCUUUGGUGUGAAGAUGGCUAAUGCUCCAUAUGCUGUUUCCAGCAGCACAGCAGAUACUGGGAUGGCUUUGCUGCUGGCAUCUGCUAGAAGACUAGUGGAAGGCUAUCAUGUUGCAAUUUCUCCAGGUAUGGAGUACUGUGAAGCUGAUUUACUGGGAGUAGAAGUUACGGGAGCUACUCUGGGGAUCAUUGGCAUGGGCAGCAUUGGGUAUAAGAUCGCUCUGAGAGCCAAAGCAUUUGAAAUGAACAUUUUGUACCACAACAGGACACGGAGGAAAGAGCAAGAGGAGCAAGCUGUUGGUGCUACUUACUGUGAAAAGAUAGACACCUUGCUCCAGCAGGCAGAUUUUGUGAUGGUGGUGGUGAGCCUGACACCUCAGACACACAAGCUGAUUGGGAAAAGAGAGAUGGAGCUGAUGAAACCCACAGCUACUCUCAUUAACAUCAGCCGAGGUGCAGUAGUUGACCAAGAGGCGCUGGUGACAGCUCUGCAGACUGGUGUUAUCAGGGCCGCAGCUUUGGAUGUCACCUACCCGGAACCACUGCCCAGAGAUCAUACAUUGUUAAAAUUAAAGAAUGUCAUUAUAACACCUCACCUCGGCAUUAAAACAGACAAGGCCACCUACAUGAUAACGGAGGAAGCAGUUGAAAAUAUACUAGCAGCUCUUAAUGGUCUCCCCAUACCCAGUGAAGUGCUCCCUAGCUGAUAUACAAAAGAAGGUUGUCACUGGUGCUUGCCAAACGACACUUCCUUCCACCAGUUUAACAUAGGAUGAUGUUAACAACUUUUGCAGCUCAGGGGAAC